AAGAGGAUAAGCACGGGCUGAAAAUAUGACUUUGUUUGUCUGCUGCUGCUGGUUGGUGUGGAAGAAUUGAUUCGAAGACCGUGUGAUUGUUGUUCACACGGCUGUCUGUCUGUCUCCCCAUUCAAAGAUCGCCUUGAGGGUCCCUUACAUACCUCAUCGCACAAUCAUCUUAGACGCAUUCCUGGUAGUUUUCAACAUACUGGGGUUAUCGAGUCCCGCUACCAGUCAGCCCAUUGGUUUCAAUUCUACUAAUUCGGAGAAACAGAAUUGCCAUCGGAGCGCCUAGACAGAUCUUCACUCAGAUUUAUCGAGACCUGCAAGUAACAGGCGAAAAUUACCGAGCAUCAGCCCUGACGCUGCAUUCGAUUGUCGGAUAGUAUGAACAACCGUACUAGUGGUGGGGAUUCAUGAUGAACAACUCGUCGCGGCGGUAUAUACCGGCACGGAGUCAAGAGGAGGAGCCCCCGGCGUAUGGUUCAUACGGAGAAGACUCGUAUCUCGACUCUUCGCCAGCGGCAUCGCGUCUUCAUGGAGCCACAAUGCGAUUGCUCCCCACGAGCUCGGCGGUAGAAAGUGAUCUAAGUGCUGCCACUGGCAUGAGCUCGGAGUAUCACUAUGGUGAUUCAUUCACUGAUGACGCAGUAGCGGAACAGCAAGAGCAAUACGCCCAAAGUCAAUAUCGGUAUAACCCCGAAGAGUCCCCGUUGAGACCUGCAUCGAGCCUUCGACACGCGCCUACCAUUCCCCCGCCGGUAGCAUCAACGGCCGAUUUGCCGCAUUAUGCGUCUCGUCCUGGCUCACCUACACGCCCAUGGUCACCCACCCGGGCACCUAAUUGGAACGGACCACCAGCACCCCCGUCUGUGGUCAGCUCACAUUAUGAACGUGCGGACCUCAACGGCAGUCCAAGACCAGGAACUUCGAGCUCGAGAUAUGGGGGUAGUCCCAGGCGACCGCUACCUCCAGCGCCACUUUUUGCACCGCCGACGGGCUAUGACGCGAGUAUUCCUAUCGGCAACUCAGACGAGGAUGUGUUUGGUGAGGACGGCCGCACUGUCGACCCUCAGUUCGACAACCGCGCUAGCCUGCAGUCAUUCAUGAGUGAAUCGACAAUCAUCACCGAUGGCAAGGACGGAAUGGCUAAAAUCGACUUAGACGAUGAGUACGACGAAAGGGGAGAAUUGGUCGACCCUAACCUGCAUUAUGGCCCUCCCCCUGAGAAACAGAGCCGCCGUGGUGUUCGAGAAGCCCAGAUGUCCAAGAAGGAAGUACAGCUUAUCAACGGUGAACUCAUUCUGGAGUGCAAAAUCCCGACGAUCUUGCACAGUUUUCUGCCUCGGCGAGAUGACCGCGAAUUUACCCAUAUGCGGUACACUGCAGUGACGUGUGACCCUGACGACUUCAUUCAAAGAGGCUACAAGCUGCGUCAACAGAUUGGCACAACGAUGCGAGAGACUGAGCUGUUCAUUUGCAUCACUAUGUACAAUGAGGAUGAAAUCGGCUUCACUCGCACCAUGCACGGUGUCAUGCGGAACAUCAGCCAUUUUUGCUCGCGUUCCAAGUCCCGAACUUGGGGUAAGGAUGGCUGGAAAAAGAUCGUUGUGUGUAUUAUCUCGGAUGGACGCAAGAAGGUGCACCCCCGGACACUGAAUGCUCUCGCAGCCCUCGGUGUUUACCAGGAGGGCAUCGCUAAAAACGUUGUCAACCAGAAGGAAGUCCAAGCCCACGUGUACGAGUACACUACGCAAGUGUCCCUUGAUUCGGAUUUGAAAUUCAAGGGAGCCGAGAAGGGCAUGACGCCCUGCCAGAUCAUCUUCUGUCUCAAGGAGCACAACAAGAAGAAACUAAAUUCACACCGUUGGUUCUUCAAUGCGUUCGGACGGGCCCUGCAGCCCAAUAUCUGCAUUCUGCUGGAUGUCGGGACUCGACCAGAGUCCACGGCACUCUACCACUUGUGGAAGGCUUUUGAUCAGGAUUCGAAUGUGGCUGGAGCUGCUGGAGAGAUUAAGGCAGGCAAGGGCAAAAACAUGAGGGGCCUCCUGAAUCCGUUGGUUGCGAGCCAGAACUUUGAGUACAAGAUGUCCAACAUUUUGGAUAAACCACUGGAGUCGGUGUUCGGCUACAUCACUGUCCUUCCCGGUGCCCUUAGUGCAUACCGGUUCUUUGCUCUGCAGAAUGACGCCGAUGGCAAUGGGCCUUUGAACCAAUACUUCAAGGGGGAGACGUUGCACGGAAAGGAUGCGGACGUCUUCACAGCCAAUAUGUACUUGGCUGAGGAUCGUAUCCUCUGCUGGGAGCUGGUGGCGAAGAGGGAAGAAAGAUGGGUUCUGCGUUUCGUGAAGAGUGCUGUUGGCGAGACCGAUGUUCCGGAUACCAUCCCCGAAUUCAUCUCACAGCGUCGUCGAUGGCUGAAUGGUGCAUUCUUUGCGGCCGUGUACUCGAUCGUUAAUGGAAAGCAACUCUGGAAGACUGACCACUCGCUGGUUCGGAAAAUUCUCCUUCAGAUUGAGAGUUUCUAUCAAUUCAUGCAGCUUCUAUUCACGUACUUCGGCUUGGCGAAUUUUUACUUGGUUUUUUACUUCAUCGCUGGAUCGCUUACUGACCAGAAAAUUGACCCUUUCGGACACAAUAUCGGGAAGUACAUCUUUGUUAUACUACGAUAUGCUUGCAUUCUUGUCAUGGCCCUCCAGUUCAUCAUCUCAAUGGGUAAUAGGCCACAAGGUGCCAAGAAGCUUUAUCUUUCAGGUAUUAUCGUCUACGGGAUCAUCAUGUUCUACACCAUCUUCUGCACGCUCUAUUUGAUCGUCAUCGAGUUCUUGGCAAGAUACGGUGGCUACAAAAAGGUCACCGUGAGUAACGGGCUAUUCGUGAACAUUGUCAUGUCCAUGCUGUCCACCGUCGGGCUUUACUUCUACUCGUCCUUCCUCUACCUGGAUCCCUGGCACAUGUUCACCUCCUCCGCGCAGUACUUCAUCCUCCUGCCCAGCUACAUCUGUACUCUACAGGUCUAUGCAUUCUGUAAUACCCACGACGUGACCUGGGGUACUAAGGGUGACAACGUGAUGAACAAUGAUCUUGGAGCAGCGCGAACCAUCAACGGCACCACGGUUGAAGUCGAGAUGCCUUCGGAGCAACUCGACAUUGACAGCGGCUAUGACGCCGCCCUUCGUAACCUCCGCGAUCGUGUGGAGGUUCCCGAGGCACCCGUCUCCGAGAGUCAACUACAGGAGGACUACUACCGCGCCGUGCGAACCUACAUGGUCUCUAUCUGGAUGGUGGCCAACGUCGUCCUGGCCAUGGCCAUCUCAGAGGUUUAUGGGCCCGACUCGGGAGGCACGAACAUCUACCUAUCCAUCAUCUUGUGGUCCGUGGUCAUUCUAGCUCUUAUCCGCACCAUCGGGUCCACCACAUACGCUAUCUUGCUCGUGGUGCAGAAGAUCGUCGAGGGUAAGACCAAGUUCGAUGCAGGCAACCUCGCCAGCGCGAGUGCUACGGCCAGCUCGUCGGGACGGACGAACACAACGGCUUACCGGUACGGUGGCGGGGCGACGAUGAAGGACAAAUUAUCCGAGGCCGGGUGGACGAUGAAGAGACAGUUAGGGAAGGCGAUGUUCUGGAGGAAGUAGAUCUUUCUACGUCUAUAUGCUGAUGAUUCAUUCCCGUUGGUCUUUUUGUUUGUUUUGUUCGUUUUUCUUAUAUCCCCUCUGCAUGACUUGAUGGAAGUAUGUUUUGAUGUAUCGAUGCCUACUUAUAUGUACGUAUUGCAUGAUGAUUGAUGGAUAACGGG